CAGCAGCGCCCCCUCCCCCUUUGCUGCGGUUGGCCGCGCAAUGGCCAUACAGUCUGCUAUUUUCCGACGGUUUGGGCUCCAUAUCUUGGCUGUCGUUGGACUGAGCUGCUUUCUUGUCUUUCUGUAUCGCGAUUUUACUCGCAGCGCUGACAUUGCACGCGAUCCCUUGACCGCGCCCCUGGAGGUGCCCACUCCCUCUCCACCGCAGCCACCGCCCAAUGCAGCCCGACAACCGUGCGUGGGACCCAGAGGAAGAUCCGUGCAGGAGAAUCUUGACGACAGAAUAUGGGCGAGUUCGCUAGACUCACCCUUCCCGGACCCCGUGGGCGGCUCUUUCGCCGCAUUGGACCUGCCACUUACCUUCAACACUCCUGACUCGAGAUACGGUGCCUAUGGUUAUAAUGAAGAGCUGGAGAAUUACGAGCGAACACGCGUACAGUGGAGCUCGGUAAACUGGGCGCAAUUGCAGAAUGACUGUCUCGCCUCAAAUCUGGACCGGUUCCACAACGCCGAAAACAUUUCCACGGCAAGGAGGUUUCGCCCGCCUCCAAAGACUGGCUUUGAGGAGCUACAGGCAAGGACGCAUUCCACAGGCCGGACGGCGAUUGUGCUGCGUAGUUGGGAGGGCUACAAUUACACCUCAUUAGACUUGUACCAUUUACGGUCACUCAUUGUCGAGGCCGGGUUGGAUUCGAAUGCGGACAAUGCUGUCUUUCUGUUGGUGGAUGUCAAGGACGAAAAUGGGACGAGACGGAUAUUCCAUGAUUCACACAGCUAUGAGACCGCGCUGCAAGAUUUAGUGCCUGCCGAAUUUCGAGAUAUCGCCGUCCUCUUCAACCUCGACUUGCUCGAGUCAUGGUAUCCUCGGAUCCCCGAACAUUCGGCUUUCUUCCAAGUCUACCAGCCUCUUCAGCUAUUUGCACAACUCUUCCCUGGAUUCGACCACUAUUGGCAACUUGAGAUGGACAUGAAAUUCACGGGAAAUUCCGGGCAGUGGUUGGACGCAAUGGCAAGGUUUGCAAGGAAGGAGCCACGCAAACAAUCAAUCGAACGGUCUUCAUAUUAUUAUAUGCCGCAGGUCCAUGGAUCCUAUGAAGAGUUCAGGGCAGCCAUCAACGAAAGCUUGGGCGGCGGUGGUAUCUGGGGACCCGUUCGUAUUCCUGACAUCGAACAUCCCAUCGGGCCUCAACCGCCCAUUGCGGAUGCUCGCGAAGACAAUUUCGACUGGGGUGUCGGAGAGGACGCCGACCUCAUUCUAACGAACGCUUUGGCGGAUGUGAGGGCGACGAAAUACUGGCCAUUCAAGGGUUGGAUCCAUGAGUUUCAGAUGGGAGAAGACACCCCACGAUUCUACAGUCCGGUGGCCAUGGGGAGAUACUCAUGGAAUCUGCUCAAUGCCAUGCAUCACGCUCAGGUUCAUCAGGGCUUAUCGUUGUCGUCGGAAGCGACUGCCGUGUCAUUUGCGCUGUACCACGGCCUGAAAGUCGUCUUCCCACCUCAUCCGUGGUACCACCAUCCUCAGGCACGCCGGGAAGUGAGUAUUCAGGAGUUGGAACAACUGUUCAAUGGCGGCUCGCCAGCCGAGAACGCUCGGGAGAACAAUGGUCUUGCAUUUGGCAAAGCGAUGUACGACCCGAAUGGGGUAUACGAGCUCUUCAAUGGUGGGACGUGGUGGUGGGUGCCCGGCUACCCAGGAAGAACAUUCAAACAAUGGAUGAAUCACGAUGCGACGAACAUACCCUCGAUGCUACGCGAAGAUGGAGGUAAGAUUUGGGCACCUAUGAUGGCUCUACAUCCCGUGAAAUCGGGAGCUAAUGCAUAGUGACGAGAUGGUUGAUGACGAAGGAGACUGUGUAUAUAUGUCGAAAUGUAUAUGAGAAUUGAAUGGCAUAAUCGGCCAUUUUUUUGCACGCAUGGUAUUUUGUCCUUUGGGAGUUCGGGAUCUAUAUAAGUGAUGCUAGCGAUGGGG